CCACAACCAAUCCAUCAAGGAACAAGGUGACGAACUACUAUUUCCUCUUACAUGUUUGCUCUCCUCUCUCUCCCCCACACUCUCUGGCAAAGUCGAAUUAUAAAACUGCAAUAACACCCAAGCAACGAAACUACGAAAGCGCCAUUUUUGCGUAGUACCUGAAACUGUUUUCCAUCAUACAGUGGAAGCACAGCUAGUAGAUUGUUCUUCUCAAUCCACUCAAUUGUCUUUAUUCUUGAGUAUGAUCGGCUGCGAAUUUCCCCUAAUUUAGACGGGAAAAACGGAAUUUCAGGCUAGAUAUAGCAUAAUCAUCCCUGAGCAGAAGUUUUUCGUUGUAAACCGUUAUAGUCAAGGCAACAUUAGUGUUCAACAUACCACUUAGAUAUGAGAUCUUUCCUUAUUUGGUGUAAUUGGGGAUAGCAAAAUGAAAGCAUUUACUUCAUUUUACAGACGUACUAUACUGUCCCGGCACACAAAUUUGGAUUUUUCUGCUAUGAUCCCAAAUGCAGGGUGCAGUAGAACUUUGUGUUUGACCUCUAUAUGCUCAGAGACGCAAGAGUUGGUAGAUUACUUGGAUAGACUAAAGAAUUUUGAGAGAUCAGGAGUACCAGAAAAUGCUGGCACUGAAACUGAUGAUGGCUUUGAUUUGGGUCGUAUGAAGCGCUUGAUGGACCGCCUUGGAAAUCCACAAUCAAAGUACAAGAUAGUUCAUGUUGCUGGGACCAAAGGCAAGGGCUCAACUGCUGCAUUCUUGUCUAAUAUUUUGCGAGCAGAGGGAUAUCGUGUGGGUUGCUAUACAAGCCCUCAUAUCCGAACUAUUAGGGAGCGUUUGUCUGUGGGAACACAAAAUGAGCCAGUACCAGCAGAUAUGUUGUACUCUCUUUUUCUUAGGAUCAGGAAGUUCCUUGACCAGGCCGUCGCUCAUGAGUCUGGACUGCUAAGUCAUUUUGAGGUCCUUACAGCUAUAGCAUUUACUCUAUUUGCUGAUCAGAAUGUUGACAUUGCAGUUAUCGAGGCCGGUUUAGGAGGAGCACGUGAUGCUACAAACAUAAUAUCAAGUUCUGAGCUUGCUGCAGCGGUGAUAACAACUAUAGGAAGGGAACAUCUGGCUGCUCUUGGGGGUUCCUUGGAAAGCAUAGCAUUGGCAAAGUCAGGGAUCAUCAAACAUGGCUGCCCAGUAAUUCUUGGGGGGCCAUUUCUUCCUCACAUUGAACAAAUUAUGCGCGAUAAAGCUCUAUCAAAUUGUUCACCGGUGGUAUCUGCGUGUGACUUUGGAAACAGAAGCGUCAUGAAUGGUCUUGGCAUCAUCAAUGGUGAACCACACCAAACUUGUGAUAUACGGCUUCAUAUUGAGAAGGACAUGCCAUUAUACAUUAAUCUGAAGGAUGUGAAUAUAUCUAUGAUUGGGUAUCACCAACUUCAGAAUGCUGUGACUGCAACUUGUGCUGCAUUAUGCCUCCGUAAUCAGGGGUGGAGAAUUGCUGAUGGAUCCAUUCGUAGUGGGUUGGAGAGCACACAAUUGCUUGGGAGAAGCCAGUUUUUGAAGAAAGAGGAAACUGAGGCGCUAGGACUUCCUGGAUCAAUGGCAUUGCUUGAUGGAGCCCACACCCAAGAAUCUGCUAAAGCAUUGGCAAAUACAAUUUCUACGGUAUGCCAAAACUCUAGGUUGGUCCUUGUGGUUGCAAUGGCAAGUGACAAAGAUCACAGUGGUUUUGCCAAGGAACUCCUUAUGGGCCUACAUUUCGAAGCUGUUUUCCUGACAGAAGUAGAUAUUGCAGGAGAUAAAUCCCGAAGUGCAUCUGCGUUAUUUUUGAAAGAUGUAUGGACAAAAACAUGCAAGGAACUUGGUACCGAAUAUAUUUACAAAGAUAGUGUUGAAUAUCUAAAACAAUUAGAUGCAUCGGUUCAUUCUAUUGGAAAAUCAAACAAAAUGACCAUCACUGCUGAAAGUUCAAUAACAAAUUGCUUGAAGGCUGGUAAUAGAAUUCUCAAAGCAAGAGUUGGAGAACAACCAGGUAUAGUUGUAGUUACUGGAUCUUUACAUAUUGUUUCGUCUAUGUUAGCAACUAUUCAGGCUAAGUUUCCAUGAAGAAUGGGUAUCUUAUUAGCUUCAUUUUGCUGUCCUUUUCAAAUCUGUGAUGCGAUGUUAAAUUGUUUUGUAAGUUUAAAUAGAUGCUACUAAUGUUAUAUUAUUAUUCUUGAAACCUCUAUAAAUUACUUUUUUUCAGCUUA